UUUUCUAUGUUUGUGUGUGAAUGUUUGGUUGUUUUUUUUAUGCUUAUGAGGAAAUUAUUGGGUACAGAAAUAGCGAAAACACAAUUUGUUACGCCGCUCCCCUGAACCUGUUUCAGAGCGUUCAGGAGCAGGAAAGGAUCAGAAGCCAGGCACAGACGAUAGUGUGCAAACGAGUUUUGUGUUGUCUUGUGUGUGCUAAAAACUUUAUCGCGGAACCUUCCACACUACGCUUGGUUGUUGUCUUAAGCUUCCUUGGGAGCAGAAGUCAGGCAAAAACAAAUGAUGACACAGACGUGGAGUCCCGCAUCCUAAACGUGAGCUUCUCGGCCAAGCGUCCUGACGUGCCCGGGGAGGAAUUCUAUCAACCACAGUUCUUGAGGGAGCGUGUCUACCUCCACAGGGCAGCACUUGCGAAACUGGCGACUGUUACGGUUCUGCCGUUCGAUGACAACCUCUGCGUGCGGGAGCCAUGCCUCAACUAUGAAGAGUGUCUCAGUGUCCUCAAGUUUGGGAACGCGUCAGGCUUCAUCUCGUCCAGCACCAUCCUCUUCAGGCCCAUCUACCCCGUCAACACCUUCGCCUGCAGGUGCCCCCAUGGCUUCACCGGCAUGCGGGAGCACUACGUAUGUGACACGGAGGUGAACCUGUGCUACAGUAGUCCCUGCGGCAAUCAUGGCACCUGCAUGAGGCGGGAGGGCGGCUACACCUGCGUUUGUACUCCUGGCUACACAGGAAAGAACUGUGAGGUGAGCAUGCUGAGUGGGCCAUGUGUGGCCGAGGUCUGCAAACAUGGCAGCACCUGCAAGUCUGUGAGUGAUGACGGUGGAGGCUCAGGUGGCUUCACCUGCACCAACUGCACCCGCUCCCUGUACCACACCUCCACCUGCGAGCUGAGGGCGCGCCGCUUCUCCAAGGGCACCUUCCUCACCUUCCCGGCUCUCAAGCAGCGCCACAGACUGCACAUCAAGAUCAGCUUUGCUACUCGGGAACCCAACGGCCUGCUGCUGUACAAUGGCCGCUACAACGAGAAGCAUGACUUCCUGUCGCUGGAGGUGGUGGAUGGCCGUGUGGUGUUCUCCUUCAGCCUGGGCACCAUCACCACCCGCGUGUCAGCCUCCCUGCCUGACGGUGUGCAUGACGGCAACUGGCACACCGUCACUGUUGAUUACUACUACAGGACUGCCACCAUCAGCCUUGACAAGUGUGACACAGCGCUGGCUAUCAGAUUUGGAGACAAGAUUGGGGAAUACCACUGUGCCAACACCACUGCCCAGAUCCUUGACCCAAGAUGUGCCAUCCUCACGGAGUCCUGCCACCGCUUCCUGGAUGUGACAGGGCCACUGCAGGUGGGAGGACUGCCCCAGCUGCCCACCACUUACCAAGUCCAGCACCAGUACUUCCUGGGCUGCAUCUCAGACCUCUACAUUGAUCACAGCUUCAUUGAUCUCAACUCGUUUGUGGCAGAUAAUGGGACAUACCCAGGCUGCCCUGAGAAGAACAGCUUCUGCCGCUCUCACCCAUGCCAAAACGGAGGCACCUGCAGGGAGACGUUUGGUACCUACAUUUGUUCCUGCCACGUGGGAUGGGGCGGGAAGGACUGCUCUCAAGGUGUGGAAGUGGUGAAGCAGUUUUCCGGUGAUGGCUUCCUGGUAUUCAGUCCUCAGCUGCAGACCAUCCAGAUGCCUUGGUUCAACAGCCUCUCCUUCCGCACCCGGGAGCGCUUCGGUCUCCUCAUGAUGAUCAUCGUCGGGAAGAACACCAGCAGCAUCAUAGAGCUGAUGGACGGCCACAUUCAGUACCGCUACGAGAACGCCACACUGAGACUGAAGGAGGCAAGGGUGGAUGAUGGGCAGUGGCACCAUGUGGAGAUCAAGUGGAUGAGUGGGGAGGUAUGGAUCAACCUGGACUAUGGCAACUAUGAGGAGACCCUGAAGGUGAAUGCCCAGGUGUCCAACCACUACAUCGGCACUGUGGCGGUGGGGGGAGUGCAGCCAUUGGACCAGGACACUGUGACCGGCUUCAAGGGAUGCAUCAAGGAUGUUUUGGUGGGAAGCAGCAAGAAUACAUGGCUUCGUCCUACCUAUGAAGACAACGUGAGGGACGGGUGUGUGGCAACAGACCCUUGCACCUCCCGGCCCUGUCCCUCCAACGCCCAGUGCAUCAACACCUGGCAGGGCUAUGAGUGCCAGUGUGACAGCGGCUACUAUGGCGAUGACUGCUCCAAUGUGUGUGACCUCAACCCCUGCAGCAACAAUGCCACCUGCACCCAUGACCUGCACUCCCAGAAGGGCUACCGCUGUGAAUGUCCCUCCUAUGCUUUCUCAGGUGAGUAUUGUGAGGUGGUGCUAGACCAGCCAUGCCCAACCAACUGGUGGGGCUACCCUGUGUGUGGGCCGUGUCACUGCAAUGUGGAUAAAGGCUAUGACGGCGACUGCAACAAGACCACCGGGGAAUGUCGCUGUGAGGAGAACCACUAUCAGCCAGCAGACUCAGACUCCUGCUAUGACUGUGACUGCUACCUGGUGGGGUCAUACGGUGGUGCCUGUGACCCAAUUACCGGCCAGUGUCACUGCCGGCCAGGGGUCAUUGGGCGGCGCUGUGACCAGUGUGCCAAUGCCUUUGCCCAGGUCACCAUUAUGGGAUGUGAAAUUGUGUAUGACGGGUGUCCCAAGAACUUUGCUGAGUUGACCUGGUGGGACGAGACAGCCUUCGAUGGCACUGCUGUACAACCGUGUCCCUACGGUGCCCAGGGCCAGGCCUCCCGGGUGUGUCACAGGGAGGUGGGCUGGGGGCCACCAGAUAUGUUCAACUGUGUGUCUGACAGCUUUAUUGAAUUGAGAGACACGCUGGAGAAACUGGAGAGUGAGGAGCUGGAGGUCACCACAUACCUAGCCAAGAAAAUUUCAGAGGACCUGAACUACGCCUGCUCCGUCACACCCUCCAUGUGGGGCUCGGAUGUGCUCAUUGCCUCACGCCUCCUCAUCCUGCUGCUGGAGUACGAGACUCACCAGGAGGGACUCAACCUCACCCACCGACAGGAGCGCCACUAUGUUCAGAACCUGGUGGAGUCUUCCUCGGUGAUCCUGCAGCCAGUGUACGGCCCUCACUGGCAGAGGAUCAACGGAGUGCGAGGCUUUGGUGCCGACUCCUUGCUAACCAAGAUGGAUGAGUACGUGGCCACUCUCGCCGCCAGCCAGGGAGACACCUACACCACACCCUUUGAAGUCCCCACCAAGCACAUCAUCUUUGGGAUGGACACAGUGUCAGCAGAGGAGCUCUACGGCUAUAGCCAGUCAGGGUUUGUGGUGGGGCAUGAUGACAGGGUGGACCACGUCAUUAUUCCCGAGACAUCCUCACUGGUGGACAAAACUUACCCCGGCCAGGGACAAGCAUCUGUCAUCGUGCCCAAGUACAACAACUACCUCAGGAACCAGCAAGCGUGGGCACAUGCUACCAACAUUCGAAUCCCACUCUCCCUCCUUGGCAUUCCUGACAUCAAGCGAGAUGAAACCUCAACAACAGGAGUGCUGGGCAAUACAAGGGCAGUGGUGAGUUAUGUAGUGUUCCGCUCUCUGGGGACGCUGCUGCCAGAGUCAUACAGCACCAAUGUGGAACAGCGGUGGGGCGUGGGCCUGGCUGUGCGCUCCCCUGUCCUCACUGUGGCCGUGCACACGUCUCACUCCGGCCUGCUGGACACCACGCUGGAGGUGGAUGUCAGGCUGAGGUUCCGUCUGGGCCAUGUGGGACGCCGCUCCAACCCUCAGUGUGUCACCUGGAUCAUCAAGCCUGACACGGGCGAGGGCCUAUGGACGAGGGAAGGAUGCGAGACAGGUGUUCCUGAGCCCGGAUUUGGAGAGUUUGUCAAUGAUACUUUCAUCAACUGUACCUGCAACCACCUCUCUAGCUUUGCAGUUAUACUCAAUGAUGCAGAAGCAGAGUUCCUUGCUGAGCCUUCCAUUGCUGAGGAUGUGACAACCUACACUGGUCUGGUGCUCACUUUGGUGCUGCUGCUGCUGGCCUUCGUUGCCUUCUGUCUGCUGCGAGGCGCCCAGACAAACUCCAACACCAUCCACAAGAAUCUGACGGCCUCCCUCUUUGUGGUGCAGCUGCUCUUCCUGGCUGCACUCAAGAUCAGGCAUUUCCUUGUCCAGGAGGAGUUCCCAUGUAAGCUUGUGGCCAUCGGACUGCACUACUUCUGGCUGUGUGUGUUCACCUGGCUGCUCAUUGAGGGAGUGCAUCUGUAUCGGAUGCUGACAGAGAUGCGCGAUGUGAACCAUGGCCAGAUGCGUUUCUAUUAUUCAUGUGGCUACGGACUGCCAGCCAUCAUUGUGGGCCUGUCUGUGGGAGUGCGGGCUGAUCAGUAUGGCAACUACUUCUUUUGCUGGCUGUCCAUCUAUGAGUCUGUGGUAUGGGCACUGGUGGGUCCCAUCUGUGCCAUUGUUAUCAUCAUCCUGCUGGUGUUUGUCAUGGCCAUCAGGGCAUCACUCACUCUCAAGGGCCACAUCGAAGGCUUCGGUAAUCUAAGGACUCUGCUGUGGCUGGGCAUCCUGUUCCUGCCACUGCUUGGGGCCACCUGGGUCCUAGCAGUCUUGUCUGUCUCAGAGGAUCUGGAGAUCCUUCACUACUUCUUCUCGGUGUUCUCUCUGCUGACGGCAAUGUUCAUCCUGGUGGGCUACUGCCUCCUCAAUAGCCGAGUGCGGGACUCCCUCUACUUCAUGAUCCGCACCUGCAUGGGGAAAAAGGUGCCAUACCAGGAGUCGCUCAGCGUUACCAGGACCUCCGUUGUGUCUAGAUCAGCACUGACCUACAAUGACGACUUCAACAUCCUGCGCCGCAACAUUGGCAUCUCCACCGCCAGCACCACCUCACGUUCCACCUGUAAGACCUCUAGUUCCCCCUACAGCCGGGGGGAGCGGGCGGCUGCUGGGCCCCGGGGAGUGGGGGCCUCCUCUAGCACCCCCAGCAACUAUAAUUCCAACACUGACCUCAACUCUCAAUCUGUAAAGUCACCAUACGCCUAUAAUGAUUCCACAACAUUCCACAGAAAGCACACUGCAGGAGCACGGGCCACCAAGCGCCGGGAGAGUGAGAGUGAGAGCGAGCUGAGCCUGGACCACCGCUCCCUGGACCUUGCCUCGUCCCACUCCAGCGACGAGGAUGACACCACCACCCACAACGGCACACUGAGGGUCAAUGAGCACCGCACCAAUCCUCCCCCAGAGGUGCCUCCCAAACCCUCCAGCUACUUACCUAACAUAUACGAUCUGGACACCACAGCCGAGGCCUUGCCCCCUCCUCCUCCCCCUGGCAUGGUUGGGGGGAGGGAGGGGAUGACAGGCUCUCCUCUCCUCCACAAUAUUCGCCCCCUCUAUGCCACACACUGGUCCUCCCAGCUGCCACCAGCAUACCCUGGCAUCAUAAAAGAACACAAUGUAGCAUCCCCACCCUGGGCCAGUGAGCGCCUCUCCACCACCACCGCUUCAGACAAUGAAAUGUCAGACAAGCCAGACAACCUGAGGGUGGAGUCCCGUCCAAGCCUCUCACGUUACCUGGAUGAGGCAAGGUCCCGCUACUCACCAGCAGAAAAUCAGUUUGGAACAUACUCCCCAAGCACCAAGCACCGGUACUCGCCAGACAUGAAAAAGUUCUCCACUCUGGACUCCAAGAGAUACUCCCCCGAUACAAGGAGGUACUCACCAGAUGUCCCUUCCUCCCGCCUCCACUCCCGCGACAACUCCUUCUCUCAGGAGCUGCCGCCACCGCCACCACCCCACCAGUACCCCCACCAUGACAUGAAGCGCAUCUCCCCUGAAAACCUGGUGGUCCGAACAGAGUCUCGGGCGAGCAGGUCGAGUGUGGACAGCAGUGACAAGAAACGUUACUCACCACCCAAUCCACACCACCACCAUCAAGUCAUAUACACGCCACAGAGCCAAAAGCGGUUCCUCCACAAUCUAGCGGAAGACCCGAGUCCCGAGGCCCUGCCGGCGCCUGUGAUGGGGUGUGGGGCUGGAGGGGGGGACGGCAAUAUGAUGGAAGUAAACAACCUUAAUAUCUCUCCUUCCAAUCCCCCUCCACCCCCCUCACCCCCCCCGUCCCUCCCAGCCUCCCUGAUGGGCACGCACAAGAUCUCUGCCAUAACACUAGGAAUCUCAGACUCAGACAAAGACAGCACGGAAACCACCGUCUGACACUAACUGCGGUGGAGAGACUUAGCAGGAAUGGCUGAAGCUGUGUGUUAGAACCAAUGUUAAUGUAGGUUAUCACAAAUAUUCCAUUUGUUGAUUGUAAAUAAAUUCUCAGUUGUCAUGCAUAAUUAGUGUUGCAAAGUCCUUGGGAUUGCAAUCCCACUGGCCACAGGUACAAAAAAGUUGACAAAGCCAUAUUUUAUGUAAACCAUUGGACUUCACUGCACACUCGUGUUGUUUGGGAUCCAAGUGUUCAUCAGACGUGAGCUGCAUUGUUAGCAAGGUAGUGCAUUUAUUGUAUAUCACAAACUAAAACACUAAUUGCUUAAUUGUGGGGAACAAAUGAAGCUGCAAAUUUAAAAUGAAGCAUGUGAGAGUGAGUGAGUGUUAAUGUCUCCAUGUGACAGUAAUGUGUGGUGUGCCGCCACCACUGCCGCUGCAUCACAAAACUCAGCGCGCAUGUUUGAUGCAGGCCACUGUGUAAAUGAUCAACUUUGUCAAGACAUCGUCCUUCUUGCUUUGCCAUCAAGCCACUCGGCUGCAUCAGUAAAAUGUGCAACAACAGUGUGCUCUGACAUGGCUGAAGCACGUUGGUUAUUGUUAUCUGUGUGUUAUUUAUUUUGUGAGUUGCCAGAAAUCCAGUGUGUGAUCUUGGGUGUGAGGACUGAGGAGGCCCUCGGCACUCUGACCGGCACCCCUACACUGGUGACUGACCACAUCCGGCCUGUGCCGUGCAGUCUGGGUGUACUGAAGACAUUACUUUAGUCGCAUGUACAUACGCUUGUACAUAAAGUUAUGUGUAACUGUUCCUGAGCAGGUCUCAUUAGAUCUGUGAAAAUUAAAUGUAAAUUGUAAGCUAUUGUUGCUACUGCUCCCCCAAAACUCUCAUCUUGCAAUACCAAACUGACAUCUUUCCUUUGAGUUUUCUGUGUACUGAUCUCAGUUCAAGCCAAAAGGUGAUCUUGGCAUUCACUGUCAUGUCUGUACUAUAGCUUUCCAUUUAACUGACAUGCAUCUCAUCACUGAUGAGAUUCAAGAACUCGGAAACCUGAGAAACUUUGAGAUGACAUACAAGUGUCUGCUGUUUUAGGCUUAAUUCUGCAUCACAGUACAGUUACGGUACUAAAGUGAACCACAGACUUGAGUAGUUUGGCUAUACAGUCCCCAAUCCAGAGCUCCUUUCCUCUCUUAAGAUGUGAAUCUUGUCAUCAGAAAGCAAAGCAACAAGAUCUUCCCCAAUCACCUUGUACAUUAUCUGCUUCUUACAAGUAAAUACCACUAAUGGGUGUAAUUCUGAGCAGAUUAAUGUCUAUCACAUAUAGCUUAUUUGCUUAGAGACGGAGAGAAAGAAACUGGUUGAUCAGUACCUAUUGGGAAUAAGUACUCACUGGCAAAUGUAGGAACAUGCAACAGAAUAAACUAAAUCCUUCACUAUGGAACAUUGAGAGAAAAUGAGCCAUGGGGAAGUGUGCAAAUCAAAGGAAGAUUAAUGUUAGUUGAGAGGGAAGAGUUGAAAGCAACAUACCACCACCUACUUGGCUUCAAAUGACAUUCUUUGGUCAUAAUUUAUAGAUCCAUUUCAAUGUACAUUAUUAUUUGCAGUACAAAGAUAUUUUAAUGUAUAUAUUUAUGUAUAUAUUUUAUUAAAUGUAAAUGUGUCGCAGA